AUUCUUUGUUUUCUAUGCAAAAAUAUGUGAUGAUUGUUCUGGAUCGAGAUAAAAAUUGUGUUGAAAUCUUAUAAGAUUAAUUUUAAAAAUGUCUUCACGGGUUUUAAGGAAAUUACAAGCAGAUAAGGAGCUUGUAGAAGAAGUAUCAGAUACAGAAACGGAUACUCCUGUGGGUGGCACGAGAAAAAAACAGCUGAAUAUAAAUCGCUAUGACUUGCUGAAUCAACACUCACAUUCUGAAAGUGAAGUCAAAGAAGAUGAUAAUGAAACAGAAGCACCUAUAGAUGUAGUUGAUGUGAUGACUCAGGAGGUGAAGAGAAAAAAGAAAAAAAAAAAGAAGAAAGGUAAAUAUGUGAGCACUCAGAGGAGCAGUGAAGAAAAUCCAGACAUUGAUGAAGUAGAAAGAUCUGUCCGGGAAGUUAACAAACUCUUAGGUGAAACAUAUGAUCCCAAUAUAUCUGCAGCAUUACCUCUACAAAAAUGUGAAAGGACCAAUUCAAAAGGGGUCCUACAUGUACAACACAAACAUCUAAAUCCUAAUAAUGAAUUGAAGAGAAUAUUUGGUUCAAGGAUUGUUCAAACAGAGCAUAAAAAAAAGAAUAGGGGUAGUAGAACUUAUUCAAAGGCAAUAUGGAUGUCCAGUUGUAAAGAGAACUGGCCCCAAGUAGGAAAAUCUGGAAUUUCAAUGAACCUACUAGAGAGUAAAGAUGGUAUUCAAUAUUUUACAUUCGAACACAGUAAUAGUUAUAGAAUUAUACAAAAUAAAUUUCUGGAGGCAGUUGAAAGUUUGGAACCAAACAAGAUUAUAGCUAUAAUAAAUGAACAUCCAUACCACAUAGACGGACUGCUUCAGCUCUCUGAUUUGUGCAAAAUGAGUGAAGAGUUUGCCAUGGCAGCUGAACUUAUAGAGAGGGCAUUGUAUUGUUUAGAGAAUGCAUUCCAUCCCCUAUUUAAUGUUUCACAAGGAAAUUGUAGGUUAGAUUAUAGAAGACAAGAAAAUAGAGCUCUGUACAUAACAGCAUUCAAACACUUGAUAUUUGUGGGUGGUAGAGCAUGCUGUAGGACUUCCCUGGAAUUUUGCAAACUUUUAUUAUCAAUAGAACCCGAAAGUGACCCGUUGGCUAUUAUCUUAGCUAUGGAUUUUUACGCCUUACGAGCAAAAGAAUACAAUUGGCUGAAAGAUUUCACGUUGGAAUGGGAGAGUAGAAAAAACCUGUCGCAGUUGCCAAAUUUUGCCUUCUCGGUAGCAGUUGCACAAUUUUACACAUCUAAUGGGGAUACCGCGAAAGCUGACAGUUUGUUACAAGAUGCUCUCAUAAUGUUUCCAGGAGUGCUCAGACCUUUGCUUGAAAAAUGUUCCAUACAACCAGACAGUAGGGUGGCCGGCCAUGAUUUCUUCUCCCGGGAAAAUAAAGAUCCACCAAAUCUACAGCAGCUGAUCAGUUUGUAUAUAAAUAGAAGUUUCCAUAUAUGGAAAGAUAGUGAUUUACUGCCUUGGUUAGAAAAGAACGUGCUGGAAGUCCUAGAUCGGGUGGACGCCAAGGAGAAAUACAUUGAAGAAUGCGAAGAAAAGAGAUCGAAAAGGUAUCAAGGACCUUUGCCUGUCAACAUUGCGAGGCAUAUUAUACUGUCAGAUUUCAAAGGGCUAUCCCCAAUUACUGAGGAAAGCAGUCAUUUCAUGAGCUUUGACCCAUUGCCACCGAAAGACUCGAUAAACAUCUACAGCAAGCCUAAGAAAUUAGUGAUUUCAGCCAAUCAGGCUGCUAACCCGAUGGUCGUUUUUGUCAGGUCCAUUUUGCCAAAUUACAAUCCAACGGCUGUAGAAGAAAAUGUAGACGAAGCAGCAGGAGCGGUAGCACUCCCUGCUGAAAAUUUAGACGAAAAUAAUGGCAUCGAUGGGGAAUUCAGAAGAACGGUGGCAACAAUGCUUGGGGCCAUGAGGUAUUUGUUGAACAACAUCAGGCCAGAAGCAGACGCAGAUGUAGACGAAAAUGAUGAAACAGAUGAAGAUUAUUUAACAGAUAACAAUUUAAUGUAAAGUAAAUAUUCAUCAUUUUCAGGGUGUUGCCGAAUAAGUGCCAAAGUUUUUAGGGGGUGAAUCCUUCAAAGAAACGAAAGCUUUUAAGCCUUUCCUUGUAAAGUUAUAUGCUUACAAAAAUGAUGAAAAAAAAUGUUUAUAUACAAUGUUGUUUUAUUUUUUUAUUAGGAGGCUAUUGCUUUCAGGGACAUAACACAAGAGUUGAAAAAAUUUUGCAACGAAUUUUUAUUUUCAACUCAUUUUUAGAAUAAGAAAUUUUGUAUCUUUAGAAGUUCUUGUAAAAGAUCACAACGUAAAAAAAAAUAUUCAUAGUAGUCUUUUUUUUUAUUGGUGAAACAUGCCACCAAAUUCUAUUUCAACUCUUCAGCCAUUCCCAGACAAAAAUGUUUUUCUCAUUUAUGGAAGUGUGACUUUUCAAGGAAAAGCUUUUUUAAUUUUCGACAAAGAUUUACCCUACUUAUAAUUUUCGCAUUUAUUUGGUUAAACCCUGUAUACUAUAUUAUUCAUUGUUAAUGUAUAUUGGUUAUCAAUUAUUUAAAAACAUAAUUGAAUAAAAUAUCAAUCGUAAUAAUC